AUGAGUUUGGAUCGCGACGCGAAAUGGCACGAUGGAUCCCGGCCAACCUGUGCUUCCCGACCACGCGGAUCGGAGCUACUGUCAUCUGGAACUCGCCCUCGACAGCUUGCAAAAUGGUGUGAUACCGUCCGGCUGCGUCCGCGAAAAUCCUUUCUCUUGAGCGGCGGGGGGAUACAUUGCAUUUUGGUGUUAUUACUGGUGCUGUCUUUGUUCUCUCCAGCGUAUGCUGCUUUGCUGGAGUUCGACAAUUGUCUGGAUGCGGCUAUCAUCCAAUCGAGUCCGCUGAAACUGCAGUUCGUUCCUCUGGAUGUAUCCGUGACCUUCAACUUAUCAGAUACUCUGUAUCCGCUCAAUGUCACCGUCUAUGGCAAUGUCUCUGGCACUGCUAACCAACAAUCGACGUACCCGGCUCCAGACGAUCCUUCCUGGAACGACAAGAAUUCAACCGUCGGCAAGAUCAUCGAUUUGGAUGUGGAUAAUAACAAUUAUUCCACUCUUAUCUCGACGGUCCAAGUUGUCAGCUUUACACCCUACUAUGAGCCGUUCCGAUUCUGUGAUUCCCUCAUUCAUGGGGAUUGUCCGCUUGGCCCUGUUUUCUACACGAAUUCGACGGAUCUCGCGGAUCUCCGGGCCUUUUCGAUUCAACAUGACAUGCUUUCCUCCUACAGAUUUUCUACCUUGUCCACCACCCUCAAAAUCAUAUCUGGGGAUCGAGCCGCCGAUAGACUGGGAUGUAUAUCAGUUCAUAUCACCCCAGACCUUGGUUCCCCUGUCAAGAGUGCCCUCACCUUCGUUCCGCUCGCUAUCCUGAUAUUGGUCGGAAUCGCCACUAUUUCAGCCGCAAUCUACAGCCCAUGGGGUACAACGGAUCCUUUUCACUGGACAAGCAAUUAUGGACGCGAUGAGGACGUUCUACGGCUUGUCACGCCCGGAUUUGGGGAUUGCCUACAAUACAUUCAGUUCGCGGUUUUGACAGGCGCAUUGUCUUUGAACUAUCCCGGAUAUUACCAACCGGUGGUCAGCCAGGCUGCAUGGUCUGUUUUGAUGUUCAACCAGAGUCUAACACACCCUGGAACCGAGCAAAACCCCGUAGUUGAUGGUGUUUACGCCGUCAAUGGCACCCAGGGGCUGGAUAGAAUGGAAAAAUAUGUCGGCCUGCCUGCAGCUCACGACAUAUGGCCAGGCAUGAUGGUUUGGUUGCUCGUGAUUCUGGUCAUAAUCACGCUCAUAAUCCAGCUUGCUUUUGCUUUUCGUUGGCUCUAUCGUGAACUUGCCCAUGUUCCCGAGGAAGACCUUCGCGCCAAGAAUAUGCCAUUUACAGUUGGCAAUGUCAUUCGAAUUGUCUGUAAUUAUUUUUUUCUGCCGAUCAUCUCUUUCUCUUUUUACCAACUGGUUAUCGCCGGCGAUUCCCCCGCGUACUGUGUCGCUCUAGCUGGAGUGGUCAUUUUUAUAUUGGUCUGCUUUUCCAUUUGGACGGUUCGGCUCAUUGUGUCUGCACGUCCGAAAUCCUACCUAUUCGAUGAUCUUCCGACCGUGUUGUUAUACGGUCCUCUAUACAACACCUUCUGUGAUGAUGCAGCAGCCUAUGCUAUAAUCACGAUCUUCAUAUCUUUUGCCCGUGGUGUCGCAAUUGGUGCACUCCAGCCAUCUGGGAUCGCCCAAAUUGUGCUGCUGGCGAUCUGCGAGGUUGUUUCUAUCUUGACAAUCUUAGCUUUCCGGCCGUUCCCGUUACCAUCCUCCAUGAACCUUUAUCAUAUAUGUUUCUCUAUCGUCCGGUUUCUCACAAUCUUGCUUUGUGUCGUCUUUGUUCCAUCGUUGGGUGUUUCCCAAGCUGCACGGGGCUGGAUAGGCUAUAUCAUCCUCUUACUUCAUGGUCUAGUUCUUGUUUUCGGAUUUUUCCUCAACGCCCUCCAAACCCUAAUAGAGGUGGUUGCUCGACUCCUUGGGGCUGGUGGCAAUGAAGGCGGUGUUACUCGCGGAGGUCUCGUCAAGGUCUUUGGCAUGCGCCAACUGUCCAGACGCCUUCCCAGACGCGAUGCUGGAGCACGUCAAAGCAUGGCCUCCGAUGCUGCUAUGCUCGGACACACGGAUGACCGGCUUUCAUCGCAAUUCGAAGGAUCGCGACCUCGAAGCCUUUCCGCCAGCUCUGCACUGUUGCUGAACCGAGCAGGGGCGAGUGAAGGAAAGAUCAGCGCCAUUUUUGAGUCUGGCAGUGCCCACGGAACGCAUAGUCGUGCCAAUAGCACCGGUUUAUAUACACCCACAACACUUGGCGGGUUCCCUGGAGCGGGAUACCAGACAACGGGAAGCAGUUCCCCUAAAAGCGGUCCAGUCUUGGCUAUGCAGCCGCAUGAUCCGUAUUACCGACCACCUAGACCUCGUAGAAGGAUGGAUCGAGGAUUCUCCGAUGAUUCUGGCCGCGGACGUUCAAGCAGCAUCUUCAGAGACGGCAAUUGUACAGAAGGAGAUGACGAUAUCAUCGAAGGGCCAUCGAUCUCCGGGCGGGCCACGCCUGUUCCGGCGUAUAUCCCUGCGCCAAAGGACGAACUCGACUAUGAUGAACCCCGGAAAUCACGCAAAGACUAUGCAGUUCGGGAGGUUGAUUUCUAUUAUCGAGUGCGAGGUCCCCCGUUAUCACAUACUGGCACUCGGAAAUUGAAGACAGGACCGGCUGAUCCUACAGGUCCGGUGUCGUCUGCGACCGGCUUUUUCCGUAAUCUGUUCAGAGGGAAAACUAAAGAAAAAGGGAAAGGGUUUGAAGUUGUCCGCAGUACGCGGGCUCCACCGCCUGGUCUCAUCGCCGAGGGCGAGGAGUUCCAUGAGCCGUAUUCGGACGAGCCAGCUGAACAGGACGACGGCCAUCCACGACGCAACUCAGAAACUGAUGCCCAAUAUCAGGAUUCGGAUCUCAAUGUGGACAACCAGGCGGAGGAGACCCAGAUCAGUUUGCCCGCUAUUGAUUCCGGUGGCACUAUCGAGCUUCCAAGUCGUGUGGGCUCUCGUCACAGUUCCCAGGCCCCGUCAGUUGCACCACCAAAGACUCCGUCCAUAACCAGGCAACACUACGGAUCUGAGAGUACGCUGCCACACCAAGAAGGGGAUUCAACCCAGGAUUCUCUUCCCGCCCUGACUGAAUCCGGUGGACGCAACGCGCCUUCUCUCCAUCCCUCGGGCCAGCUUCAACCCUCUUCCUCUGGCACUGGUCGAUUACCGUUCAGCGCCACCAGCUCGCCGUCACGGGAUCGAAAUUACUCCAUUGUCUCAACCACAGGAUCUACCUCUUCCAGCCACCAACCGGGCAAUGAUGAAACUCUGCGAUCAGCGCGGGGGCGUCCAUCGAGUAUGGGAUAUGUUGCUCAACAUCGUACCCAGGAUAACAUCCACCAGGCGCAUCUCGGGGAGCCUUCCUUUACGGAGAGCGCCGCCGAGCUUGUGGAUGAGAUGUCCCACACUACCGAAGGGGACCGUUAG